AUGAUUUGGUCACCGACAAGCAACAAAUACGGUGUUGCCAUUCACAAUUGGCAUGGCGACGUAAUGCAUGGACUGGCGUUAGAUGUGGGCGAUUGUGUGGAAAUACUCGAAGAAACAACCUAUUGGUUCCGUGGCACCUGUCCUCGAAAGCCCCGUAAAGUGGGCCUCUUUCCAAAGUCGUAUAUUCAUCUGAAGGAUCUGUCGAAGGUAGACCCAGUAGUGGCAGAGUGUACGUUGGUGUUGCGCGAGUGGUCCGAAAUUUGGAAACGAUUGUUUGUGGAACGCGAAGAAUAUAAAUUUACAUCUCUACGCAAGGUAAUGCUAGCGCUCCUCGAAAGUCGUCGAGAAUUGCUCAGCUCUACGCUCACGCAGGAUCAAACAUAUGAGCUGCAAAUGAAAGUGAUAUCAAAAAUUGAUUGGGGCAAUCGAAAACUCGGACUAGACCUUGUGCCACGCACAGGAGCAUUAGCUGUAGAUCCUCAAAAAAUUGGUAUUGUGUCACUGCACCAAGUACACGUGAACAGUGCAGAGAAUGCGAAGGCAGCUUCGAAUCGAGGAACUCUUAGACGAAAAGCAGGCAAAAAAAUCCAUACCCAUCAUCUUUACUUUUGCAUGCGGGACUUUGGGCAUCGGAUUGGGGACGAUGCAGAAAUUUACUUUUAUUUGUACGAUGGCAACACAAAUAGGAUGCGUGCACUCUCGGAGCGAUUUCUUGUGCGUAUUGCUCGUGAUGGCUUUUCAACGUACGUGGAAACAAGCCACAACUGCACCAUUUUCACAGAUCUAGGAACGUCCGACCUAAACCAGGAUCUGUAUUUGAUUGCGAACGUGAUGCGUGUCGGCAAGAUGUUGCACUCUGAGUCAGUGAAGAAAGGUGACAAACUGACAGCAACAACCCACGCCUAUCGUCGUCCGUACGGAGUUGGUGUGUUACCGUUGAACGAAAUUGUACAGUUCGAUUACAGCGUUGAAUCAGAGGAAAAGGAGUUCAGCUUUAAAAUUUUCCAGUGCGAAGAGAAAGACUAUCAUCAGUUGCACGAGCUCAUUAUUAAGAAGGCUAGCGGAAAAUUUCAACCGAUCAAUGCUAGCACCCAGGGCCACUACGGGCUAGUUGUGUCGAUGAAGCUGCUGCAUGGCGAGAUUGGACAGGCUAAACUGGAGCAGCCAAUUCUCUUCCAAGGGACAGCGAUCACGAAGAAAAUUGGCUUUCCAGAUGUCAUAAUGCCGGGCGAUGUACGUAAUGAUCUAUUUCUUACGCUCGAGCGUGGAGAAUUCGAACGCGUCGGCAUCAGUACUGCUAAAAACAUUGAGAUUACAGCGCUUGUGCUGGAUGAAAACGGACGUGCGGUACAGGAAUGCAUCGCGAUCGCUUCUGGCAUUCCGCUACAAGCGUUCUACAAAUCGAUGGUACUGUACCACAAUAAUUCGCCAGCAUGGAACGAAACCAUCCGGAUGUUUGUACCGAUCGAUAAAUUCAGCAAAGCUCACGUGCGCUUUGAGUUUCGCAGUUGCUCAACUCGAGACAAGUCUGAUCCGAAGUUGUUCGGAUUCAGCUUUGCUCGGCUUAUGGAACCAGGAGGUGCGACCGUCGCAGAUGGGGCACAUGAGUUGUAUGUGUACAAAUGCGAGGAUGUUCUGAAGGUGCAGCCUAACGUUUAUUUGCGGCUUCCUUGUUCUGCCGGAGACCGGCAGGCGCAAGGUGAUUCUCCAUCGCCCUAUCAUCGCAGCUCGAAAGAAGCUUUCUACGUACGUACCGUCCUGUGCUCGACGAAGCUCACGCAAAAUGGUGACCUGUUGUCGUUGCUUCAGUGGCGCAACCGACCGGAAGGUAUACAGGAUUCGUUGCAGCGCGUGUUACGGCUGCACAAUGAAGAAUUGAUUAAGUUCCUGCAGGACGUUCUGGAUGCUCUGUUUGCGUUGUUUUCCACCGACGAUGGUAACAGUACUCCACAUUCUGGACUUGUGUUUCAUGUGCUAGUCAACAUAUUCAGCCUAAUGCAAAGCAGCAAAUUUCAACACUUUAAACCUGUAAUGGAUGCCUAUAUUCGGGACCAUUUUGCAGCUCCUUUGGUUUAUCAAGGAUUACUUUCGUCAGUGCAGCAUUUGGCUGACUGGCUGACAACCACCGACAAUCUGGAACCAAUCGUACAAUGUUUCAGUUCACUGGAGUUUAUCUUCAAGUUGAUAAUACAAUCACGCAAACUUUUUGCGCACGCAUCAGGAGGUCAGUAUGAGGACAAAUUCAAGAACGAUCUGUUUUCGGUAUUCACCUCCCUAAACGGAAUGCUUUCUGUGCCGAGCUCAACGCAAAUUUUGGCUACGCAGGAAGCGCUGCUCAGUAACGCUGGAGUGGUAUUUGAACAACUACGUACAAUCAUUUCUCGACCGGAGCUGGAAACACUCGUAAAGUCUAUGUUGGAUGCGAUUCCUAAGGACGCUCAACCGCCACUGAUACAGGCGAAGCUGAAAUCGAUUAAGGAUAUGGUGUCCGGACAACUGUUCGAAGACGAUGAGCUACGUUCUGUCAUAUUGAAUAUUGCAUGCAAGCAUCUUCGCAUUCACCUAGCUCGACGUGAUGAGUUGCGGCUCUGUUCAGAAAUACUCGCGGAAGUACUGAUCAAGUUGUAUGAAGCAAAAGCAAAGAUGGGCGAAAAACCUUCCAACACUAUCCACCACGAUCUGGACACGUUAUUUGCGAACAUCUUUCCGAUACUGCUUCAGACGAUCAAUGUACUGAGCAAUGGUGGAAACGAAAAUCUCGUAUGUUCGUUGUUCGCAGUAAAGUUGGGUCUCCUGCAGUUAUUGGACGAGUCUCAUUAUCAGCGCAUGUGGGACCGCCAGCAAAGCGGCUGUAGCCCAACUGGUAGUGGUCCUGUGGUUAGCGGAAAAGAGCUACGAGAUUUCAUUCAGCAAUGUCUGGCCAUCUUUAAGGAUAUACUCGAGCAGGAUUGGAUGAUAUUUUCCAAAGAUUGGCUAGUAAUGAAGAUGGCAGCCAAUGAUGUGUUACGGCGAACACUAGAAGAGUUAGCGAAGCCACUCGUUUACCGGUUUCUUGGACAGCAGUCAUUUGAUUCGCACCUCUGGCGGUCGUAUUUUAGUGUCGCUGUGAUUUUCCUUACACAGCCAUCGCUACAGAUCGAGCAAUACCACGAAACGAAACGACGCAAAAUACUUAGUACCCACGGCGACAUGCGCGUUAUGAUGGGAUUUCAAAUACUAAGCAUGUGGGCACAGCUGGGCGAACAUAAACUGCACUUCAUUCCGUCGAUGGUUGGACCGUUCCUAGAGGUGACACUUGUACCAGAACCGGCAUUACGGAAGGCUACUUUUACGGUAUUCUACGAUAUGAUGCAAUGUGAGCAGGUAUCACGUGGCUCAUUCCGGCUGGUGGAAAGCGAACUAAUCGACAAGCUCGACUUACUUAUUAGCGAAAACAAGGGCGAUGACGAAUACCGGGAGCUGUUUAGCACGAUGGAGCAACUGUGUUUAGCUUUGCUGGAACGCGUCCAAACCGAGAAUCCUUCGUGGCGCGAGUCAGGAAUUGCAUUCAUUUCCUCCGUGACCCGGCUGCUGGAACGGCUGCUUGACUACCGAAGCGUCAUACAGGGCGACGAGAAUCGCGACAAGCGUAUGACCUGCACCGUCAACCUGCUCAACUUCUACAACGACGAGAUCAACCGGAAGGAGAUGUACAUCCGGUACAUCUACAAGCUGCUCGAUCUGCAUCUUGGCGCCGAAAACUACGUCGAAGCCGGGCUCACGUUGAGGCUGUACGCCGACAUGCUUUCCUGGGACAGCGAGAACGUGACCGAUGAAUCGAACGGCCCUCGCGAGUGGGAGCAGAAGGAGAAAAUCUACAAAAAUAUCAUCAGCUAUUUCGAUAAGGGCAAAUGCUGGGAAAAAGGCAUCCCACUCUGCAAGGAGUUGGCAGUAUUCUACGAGCGGAAGCGCUUCGAUUACAACCGGCUCAGCGAUGUGCUGGUGCAGGAGGCAAAGUUUUUCCAGAACAUUCUGACUCAGCUGCGCCCCGAACCUGAGUAUUUCCGUGUCGGAUACUACGGCACCGGUUUUCCAUCAUUCGUAAGGAACAAACAAUUCAUCUACCGUGGGUUAGAGUACGAACGCAUCGGUGCAUUCAUACAGCGCCUGCAGACUGAGUUCCCAACGGCGCAGAUUCUGGAUAAGAAGCAGUACCCACCGGAUGGUUCGAUACUGAACUCGCCCGAGCAACGGUUUCACGUCGUGAACGUGCGCCCAAUCGCUGAUCCGUACCACCUGAAGAGCGCUAAAGUAACCGUGCCGGAGAAAAUUUCCAAAUACUACGAGGUGAACGACGUGACACGCUUCCAGUACGAUCGCCCGGUGCACAAGGGCACGGUUGACAAGGACAACGAGUUCAAGUCGCUGUGGAUCGUUAGGACAAUCUACGAGACGUCCCAACCACUGCCGGGUAUUUUGCGAUGGUUCGAGGUUAGCAAGACAUCCGAGCACGAGCUGACACCGGUAGAAUUCGCCUGCGAAACGAUUGCCAACGUGAACAAAGAGCUGUCCGAUCUGAUCGUGCAGUAUCGGUUGGACCCGAAACGGAAUCUCAAUCCGUUUACGAUGCGCCUGCAGGGAUCGGUCGAUGCGAACGUUAACGGUGGCUUCAACAAGUACCAGGACGCGUUCUUUUCGGAGCGUUUUGCCAAAUCCACCGAGGGGCGUGAUCAGAGCGUGCACGUGCAACGGCUAAAACGUUUGAUCUUUGAGCAGAUGCAAAUCCUCCGUCAAGCGCUGGAACUGCAUCGCAGUCUCGCUCCCGAACAGGUGCUGCCGCUGCACAACCGCUUGUCCGAAGCGUUCCUGGAGCUGGAGAAAAGUACGGCCGAGUGGAAGACAAAUAUUACCAUUCCAACGAAACCGUUGCCACCGUUACCGAUCGGCCAGCCGCAGCAGGGCACACCGACGGGUGUGGGUGGUACGGGCAGUAUGAACGGUGGAAAACUGGGCACGACAAUGAACGGUGGGGCCCUGCAGGAGCUAACCUACUUCCCGGAGGACUACGACGGGACGUACAUGUCGGUGAACAAGAAGGCACUCUCACUGUCAGGCAUCGUUCCGAUGACGGCCCUUACGUCUUCUCCGAUACCGCAUAUUCCGCCACGUGACAGCACCGGCGGUGGAGCAGGACCACCUGCAGUUUGUUCGCCUACCGCACCACCGUUGCCACCACGUGGCCAUACGCCGGACAAGCGGAGCUCUAAUCCGAUGCCAUUCACCGAAUACGUUGAACAGCAGCAGUUGCAACAACAGCAGCACAGUUUGCCGGGAAAGAAUCGGUCGAAGAAGUACUCGCUGUAUGAAAUAUCCCUAAACGACUGUGGCAACUACGGUAGCCCGAGAGCACUGAACGAGUAUAGACAAGGGUUUUAUCGUGAUUCGGGCAUUUCCACCAGCACGCAGGAGUUGAACAAUCUGAACAGUGCAUCGCAGGCCGGUGCGGGUGCAAUUGUUGGCUCGCACGGAGAAGGCUGUGUACAGACACCGCAACAACAGCACUACCAUUACCCGGCAUCGGGAACAACUCCGCAUGACGAUUACAAUAUUAUUGCCAACGGUAACACGUUGCCUGCGAUGUCCCAGCCAUCGGUGCGUGGCCACCAGAAGACGAACUCCAAUCCAGAGGCAUACCAGAGCAUUCCAAUGACACAGGCUGUAGGAGUGUCGUCGCCAUCGUCGGGCGGAACAACGGUGGCUCAACCACCGCCACCGAUACCGCCAAAAUCGGCAUCACUACACCAUCAGCAUUCGUUGCCAGUUGCAACGAACAACAAUAACUGCAUCGCUUCCGGCGGUCUGCAGCAUUUACCGGCGCAUGGGGCGCACUAUCAUCACCACCAGCGUAACCAAUCGCUCAACCUAAGCACCAACAGCUCGUCCGACGGCGAGCAGUUGAGUUUGAACGACAUCAGUCCCGCACCGCCGCCAAUGUUUAACGACAACUUUAGCGAUUCGUUCAGCGACGAGUGCGACAAUCCGGCAACCGGUCAGCAAGCUAAAGCAGUGGCUCCUAGCCCAGGGCGCAGUAUCGCAGGAGCCCCAGGAUACGUGCUGAAUGGUGGAUCGAUGUCGUCGGGGGAGGUCCUCGAGAUGGGCUCGAUCACAACGACCACAACAACGACCACCAUCAUUUCCUUGCGGCGGGACGAUGAGGAUGAAAUCUUUUACUAAGCCCAAGGUGUGUCCUUGGCGUCCUUCACCAUCCGCAUCCCUGGGCAUGGUUGAGAGAUAGCAAUAUGGCUGGGUUACUUUGAUAAUGGUCGUAUUCGAUCGAUGCUAGGAUAUGCGCACGUACGGUUGUACGGUAUUAUUUGUGAACAAACGCCACAAAGACCAUUAUACGGUGUGCUCGGGUGGAAAUGUUUAAAUCUAGUUCUAGCGCUCACGAAACAACUUCAUACCAACGAUAACUAUAUUCAGGAGGUGCGCAAUUGUGAACCGGUUCAUAAUACCUGCGAAACUAUUGCAAGCCAUUUGCUCUAUUUAUAUACAACUAUAUACAUACAUGCGCGCUCGUGCAUACGAAUGUUCGAAUGCUCGAAUUUCAGUGCAAUAUAAGUUAGCGACAAACCAAUUCCAUACAGUAAACAUACCUCUAUACAUUUGCUCGUUUUCCCGCCAGUAACGAAAGGAAUCUCUCAAGUAGGAACAGCCGAGAUACAUCGGCUCUCGUCUAGUAGUGAAUAUGUGUAUGCGUGUGUGUGUGUGUCUGUUAAGAGUGAGAAUCUAUUUGCCAAAAAUGAAAAAAAAACUUAGAAUGAAAAAAAAAACUAAAAUUAAGGAGAAAAUGAUAAGAAAAUACUUUUGAGUAAAAAACGAAACAAAAAAAAGAAAGUAAAAAAGAA